AUGGCUGCAACUGAACUAUUAGACCUCGAGAGCAACUCGGCUGCAAGAGAGCCUGAAAGUGGUGAGCAGAUUUCUGAGGGCUCUUUUGCCCCGAAUCGGCCUGUCAUUCUGACUGUCUUCGCAACGUUCCUGGGAGAGCUUCUUGCCAGUGCCGAUGAAUCGCUCAUGACUGCUAUGUAUACUGCUAUUGCCUCUGAAUUUUGUAGUCUCUCGCAAGGGUCAUGGCUGCUAGUCGCAUACAACUUUGGAUCCUGUGUCUCGUCUCCGGUGUACAUCAAUGAGCCGAUUAAUUGCGGCAAGGGCUCUGGCUGGACUCAGCGGCGCAGGCAUGGUUUCGUUAGUUUCCGUCAUAAUCGCUGUGAAGUUGCGGUCUAUCGGAGUUAUACGAAUGUGGUCAGCACUGUCGGACGCAGCCUGGGAGGGCCUGUUGGAGGCUUUCUGACCCAGACUGUAGGUUGGAGAUGGUCAUUCUACGGUCAAGUGCCGUUUGUCCUCGUCUCUAUUCUCAUCACGGUUCGUCAAAUGCCGUGUUCACUUAACCGAACCAGAGAAGGUCUUGAUUCCACCAGCUCAAAAUUCAAGCAGAUUGAUUUCCUUGGGAUUGUCAGCUUCACUGCUACGAUCUACUUAUUCCUGGUUAUGCUUCAAAAUUUUGGCUCGAACGAAAGCCAACAAUCUCACCAGCUCUACGUUCUUGGAGGCGCUUUGUUUGGAUCUGCUACUGUCUUCUUUUCGGUGGAAGUCUUCUGGGCCACGACACCGUUGAUACCAUUGAAUCUAAUGAAAACGAGUGCGGUAAUGCUCCCUGCUGCCGACCAAGGAGAUCGACUUCUGGGCUGA